AUGAAAGAAUGAGAUGGUGGAUACGGAAACAAUGGAGUUGGAGGACGCAGACGCCGGUCAUACUGAGCCCACUCUCGUUGGAGAAGCCAUCGCCCGAGCUGCCACCUCCAUCAGGUCACUCGCUGCUUCUUCCGUGGCUGCCACAGAAGACGAUGAUGACGACUCUGAAGCCGAUGAAGAGAACAAGGGGUGCGUUGAGGACCCCGGGCCGAGCAACGGUGACGUACCGGAUGCCCUUUUGGGCGGCGAGGCCCAACCUUUAACUUCCUGUGGAAGCGGCGGCGGCGGCACUGGUGAUGAAGAAGAAUUGGAAAGGCAAGUGGCAAAAGACACGGUAGUGGUCGUGGGGGGUGGAGAACAGCCAGCAACAGCUGACAGCGUGCUGGUCGUGGGAGAGGAUGACAAGGCUGGAAGCGAGAAGAAAGCUUGCCCUGUGGACGGGAUAGAGAUUAAGAAGAAGAGAUGGCAAGGAGAAGAUGAAGAUGGGGAGUAUGACAGCGGUGAUGACAAGCCCAUUCUGGUUGAGGACCUCGUCUAAACUAGACGUGUCCAUUGUGAUGAGUAUGUAACGUCUUCAUAAACAUAUCUGUCCUCUCUCUA